AUGUCGACUACUUCUGGUGGAAAUAUCUCGACAUUUUCAGCUGAGCUCGGACAUAGAUUUCCCACAUUUAAUGCUUGUAUUAAUAAAACACGAGGCAGAGAAAGUCACAAUUCUUCUAGUCGCAGUUCUGUUAUAAAGAACUCCAAAAAGCGGAAGCCCAACAAUAUAAACACUCAAGAUGCAUCGGGUUGAUCUGAGACAAAGAUUGGGCGACCUUCGAAGUCUGUUAUUCACAAAGACUUAGUUAUUAUACCGAAUCCUGACACCAAACAAGUGCCAAGUCACUCCAACAAAGUCAAGCUGGAAGAAAGAGAGUUGAUCAUUCACGAAUUCCCUUUCAACAAAGGAUGGAGUCCUCUAGAACUCCGAGAAAACAUUGAAAAACAGCUAUCGAAAAACGUUUUUUUUGAGUUCAUGAAGGUAAAUAUGAAAUAUAAUUAAUUAAAUUAAUUUAAUAUUGUUUAAAUAUAACUUUAUACUAAAAUUUACUUAUUUCAGGCUAGUCGUAGUAAACCUCGAAUUAUCAAGUGUUACAGUUUUAAAUAGCUUUAUUUUCUUAACAACUUCAACAUAUUAAAGAAACAUUUGUUUUACAAACAAUACCCGGAAAGCAUGCUUUUUCCAGGAAAAAAACCACGAAUCGCGCGGGGCUAUCACGCGUCCGUAUUUUAAUAACAUAUCUAAUCUAUUCUCGACAAUUUGUUAAGCCCCAUGAACUUUGCACUAUCCUGGCAUAGUGCAUAACAUGGACUGGACUGGAACAGUGACUCGGUGUUUUCACUCCGCAAAAAAUAAUUUCCUUCCCCAUAACCUGAAAUUUCCUUUUCACAAAAUUUCCUUCCAAAAAUCUCUAAAUAUCCUUCCAUUUCCCUUCCAAAUUAUUAUCAAAAUUGACUGAUUUACCUUGGUAAUUAACACCUAAACUCUAGCAUUAAAACAAAUUUUGCAGGUUAAAAUCAGCUCAUUUUUGUCUCAGGCAGACAAAAAGCAUAAUAUUUCGGGGCUACCUUGCCGUGGGUGUGAAGAAGAGGUUCCAUAACUGUUUCUUGCAUCUCUCCCCAUUAAUACAAAUCUCAAUUCAUUAAUACACUGAUAUAGAUAUGUACACUACAUGCAUAUGUCAGGUUGUUGACUUUGGCAAAAAGUAAAAUACACUGUGUCCCCAACAUAUAGUCCUGAAACAAUGAUCUGAUGCAGUACACGCCUGUACGCUAUAUUGUUUGUUUGCAAUCGACGCCAUAUCUUGGUUAAUUUUUCAAAACACAUUAGGAAACCAUAAACAAUAAUUUCUAUUUCAUUUGCCUCUACUUUGAACAAUCCUUCCCAUUGUGAAAUUGGCAUUUUGAACAAUUCAUAAUAUUAUCUAUAAUUCUUUCCUUCAAUGAUGAAUUCAACAGUGUCGUGAAAUAAUAGCUUUCUGCAUUUGCUUUUUUGAAUUCACAUUUAGAUAUAAAAAAGUGCUAAAAGUAAAAAAAGUUUUUUUCUCCUCACAUAUUAGUAGAUGUAUGUAUGUAUGUAUGUAUGUAUGUAUGUAUGUAUGUAUGUAUGUAUGUAUGUAUGUAUGUAUGUAUGUAUGUAUGUAUGUAUGUAUGUAUGUAUGUAUGUAUGUAGAGUUUUUGCAAGACAUGGUGGAUGUCCGGGGGAGGGGGGUUCUCUAGUUCGGACAUUAGCGACCUUAAGCAAGUAAGACGGGGGUGCAAGAAAACCUGUUGUUUAUCAUCUAUCGUAUGAAAAUAAUACAGUUUUAGGAUCAAAAUUAACACUGGGUUUAUGAUUGAGAAAAGUUCUAGGACCCAAUGUAAAAUAGCAGUUGUCCCAGCUUGAAAUGUAAGCUACUAAGCGUUGUAUACAAAACGUGAUGAUCUGUAUUUCGCCGUUGUAAAGCAGUGCUACAGUGUACAGCGACGUCUAAAAUGUCCGUAAGAUUUCAAUUAUUAAUUUCCGCUCAUUUUCUUGCAUUAUUAAAUGUGAUAUUAUUAGCUGUUCUCGUUGGACACUCCUUCUGCUUUGUUGAAGUUCUUAACAACGGUAGUUCUUUAUAUUAUUAAUUAUAAAAGUGUAAAAUUUAAAGCGGUUUCUUGACACAUACUACACAUCCCCGUACUAGAUUAAGAUUUGCUUUACGUUCGCUAAUGCCGGGGGAGUCUGAAUAUUCAUAAUUUAACCGGACAUCCUUUGUGAAUGGCCCCUGAGCUGUUUAACCAGAAAAUAUUAAAUAAACUCAACUACCUCACUUUGACGGCUAAAGUAAACUUUAAAAUCAACCAAGGUGGCGCCCAAUGACGCGUUGUGACGUCGUGUACAAGCAGGGCGCUACAAAACACAGUGUUUUUUAUAGCGCCCUGGUACAAGCGAAGAAUUGCGUGCCUUGUCAAUUAUUUUUUAAAAUAAAUUUUUAAUUAAGUUAUUUAAUUUUUUUUAAUGCAGUACUUGUAAAUAUUUUAAUUUUCAGUGGCCUGUCUAAAACGCAUGAUUAGAUUAUUGCAUUGUGCAAUAAUAGUAUCAAUAUUCUUUACAUUGUGUAGGCUUGUUAUGGAACACUUGUUGUCCCAAAACUUGCAGAAGGUGUUAGAAUGAAUGGUGAAAGAAUACUAAAAUUCUCAGGCCAAGGAAGUGUGUAUAUACGAUGUUUGGAACCCCUUGAAGAGGAAGAUGAUGAAGAUCAGGAACUUUUACAGCCAGUUUUUUCUGAUGACGAUACAUAG